UCGACCUUGUAUUCAGCAUACACCAUCCUGUAUUCCACACCAUACUUUAUUUCGACCAUGGCGCUGAGCACACUGGAGAGACAGCUUCUGCUGGGGCAGACGGUGGAUCGGAGCGCAGACGCACAGACGGAUCAGAGCGCAGAGGCGCUGGCAGCGCUGCUGAGCCAGGGUCAGUACGAGCAGGUUUUGCGGUCGGAGGCAGCGCAGUAUCUAUUCCGCACGCUGGCCGCAGACGAGGACGUGACGGCGUCGUCUCUGCAGGCAACAGCGCAGCAGCAGGCGCAGCAGUUCGCCACGCAGCACGGGGCCGCAGGCUGGGCAUCUCUGACAUGGAUCGGAGCAGCAGCACUGCAGGCGUUCAUCCAGACGAACUGGACGGGCCCCGAGUUCCUAAUGGACCCGGCAGAGCUUUUGCUGGCCGUGGCAGACAAGUACAAGGAAGGGUUUAUUGCAGCCGCGCCUACAGAGCUGCCCGAAGGCGCUUCCAAGCACGAGAUCGGGCGACGUGACCAGCUGGGACGCGUGUAUCUGGGAGCGGAGCAGAGCAAGGAGCGGGCGGCGCUCGACCAGUCGCUACUGGAGAUGUUGGCAGCCGACGGCGAGGAGGCGUAUACGCUGACGCCGCGGCCGCUGUUUCUGGCACUUGCCCGCUGGCUGCUGGUGGACAUGGCGUGUGAUGAGCGCGACCAGGCGGUAGGCAGCGCAAGGUGGUGGGCAUCCCGUGCUUUGCUCGCACAGCAGAGCCUUUUGGAGUACCCGGCCCAGUCGCUGCUGGACCAGAUCAUGGACGGCUACAGUGCCGUGGAGCAGCAGAUGCCGGCGGCGCCUGCCGAGCCGGUGCCGGAGCUGGGCGAGGACAGCAUGGUGGAGGUGCAGGAGACGGUGCAUGAGCCGAUGAGCCGGUCGGCGGCGACCCACACAUGGGAUGCGGUGGGGGCGGGCGACCGCGAGCUGUGGGCAAGGCUCAGCAUGGAGCACGGGGUGGCCUAUGCGCAGCACCAGAUGACGCGGGACGCGGUGCAGCAGCUAACGGCAGCACAGGCGGCCAGCGGGCUGCAGUGGGAGAUCACAGGCGCCAAGGGCAAGCGCACGCGGUUCCAAGAGUUCGACACCGCGCAGCUGGUGCUGCUAGCGCAGAGCGCCCAGCCGGCCCGCAAGGCAGAUCAGGGGGCGGCGCCCGAGAGCUUUGCGCUGAACGACGACACGCUGCUGGAGCAGAUUGCAUUCACGGAUCUGGACAUAUCGGGGCAGCAGCAGCUGCGGGGGCUGGACGCGAGUGUUUUACUGGCGCUGUGCCUGAAUGUGCAGAACGAAAACCCGGCCCAUGGUCUGACGUCCGAGCAGAUGAUGCCGUUUGUGGUGCGUGUGCUGCAGCACCCGGGCAACUGGAGCAUCUACACCAUGGCGUUGCUGCAGCGGUCGCGGCUGGAGGCAGCCAAAACCCGCACUGUGGAGCGUGCGACGCUGCAGCUGCAGGCCUUGGUCGACCAGAUCUCGCACCCGCUGCCCGAGGCCCACGAGGCAGGGCCAUGCGAGCGCCUGCAGUUCUUCCAUGCGCUGGCGCUGCCCAGCCAGUGGGAGCUGGAGCGCGAGCUGGCCAAGCAGUUCAUGGCCCUGGGCGUCGUGCGCUCGGCCCUGGAUAUCUUUGAGCGCCUGCACAUGUGGGACGAGGUCAUCGCGUGCUACCAGAUGCUGGGCCAGGAGGAGGUUGCUGAGCGCAUCAUCCGCGAGCAGCUCGACUUGGCCCCGAGCCGCCCCAAGCUGUGGUGCCUGCUGGGCGACCUCAAGCAGGACCCGGCCCACUGGCGCCACGCCUGGGAUGUCUCGGGCUGCCGCUACGCCCGCGCCAUGCGCUCGCUGGGCGCCUACCAUUUCGCGCGCAGCGAGUUCGGACGACUCCGUCACGUGCUACAAGCGCGCGCUGAAGCUCAACCCGCUGUUCGAGCGCUCGUGGUAUAUCCUGGGGUGGUCCAUAUUGACUACGAGAACUCGGAGGCCUGGAACAACCUGGCCAGCAUCCACAUGCGGUCCAAUGACGCGUCGCAGCGCCAGCAGGCGUGGUAUGCGCUGCGCGAGGCCCUGAAGGGCAAAUACGACUCGUGGCAGAUCUGGUCCAACUUUUUGACCGCAUCCAUGGCGCUGGACCAGAUCGGCGCCGCCAUCCACGCCCUGGACCGUAUCGUGCAGCUGCGAGCCGAGAAGGACGGCGCUGCCUGCGUCGACCUGGACAUAUUGCGGGGGAUCAUCUCGUCGCUGACACGCGGCACCUUGACACGUAAUGACAAUGAGCGCGAGGCCCGCCGCAAGGAGCAGCAGUACUCAAAGUACAUUGAGCACCUGCUGAUCACCAACUCCGCCCCGCUGUGGCGCGCCAUGGCCGACUUUUGGUUCUGGCGCCGCGACUACAAGCACUGCCUCGACUGCUACAUCAAGGCGUACCGCUGCUACUCGCAGAUGCCCCAGGUGUCCUACGCCCCGCCGGUCUUCAAGGAUGCCGUCGAUGCCGCCCUGGAGCUUGCCGACAUGUACGAGAACCUCGGCGACAAGGUGCAGGUUGUCAAGGCCCCCUCUGCCCAAGACGGCCAGCAGCAACACGACCAGGAGGUCGCCGGUGACGACCAGCGCAAGGCCGCUGCCAUCGAGCAGCCCGUGUGCAGCGACUGGAAGCACCAGACAAAGAUGCUGCUCAGGGGCCUGAUUGGCAAGGGCAAGGGGUCGUUUGAAGGCACCCCGGACUACGAGCGGCUCGUUGAAGCACUGAAGGAGCUCCGCCAGGCCUGA